UUUAUGCGUGAUAUUUCAUGUAAUAAUUAAAAUGAAAAUUAUAAUAAUACUUAUUUUCAGUAUAUCUUAUUAUCCUCCAUUGACAACACAAGAUGACUCAGGCGUCAAAAAUCAAGUAAUUUGCAAUAUAGCUGGAAGAAUAUGGAGAAGUACCUAUGUAUUCAAUAUAAGCCAAUUGCCAGAACGUUGUGAUAUAAUUACAAUAGGUGAAUAUGCUUUUGACCGUAAUGGUGGUAUAGAUGUCCACAUAAAGGAAUCAGAUAAAGGUACAAUAAGAAGCUUAGUAGAAGCUAACAAACCUGUUUACACACACGUUGGGUUCCAGAGUACCGUUGAUUGGUGCUCAAUAUUUGAUCCUUCGGAUAAAGAUAUAUUUCAAAAACAAAUAUUUGAUCCACUAGUCAGUUUUUUAAAUACAUUUAAAGUCAAUGGUAUUAUUAUUAAUCUUAAAUACAUAUAUAAAAAUACCAUGGAUGAUUAUGCAAACAAAAUUAGUACAUUUGUGACUAAUAUUAAAAAAAAAGUAAAUAAAUUAAUAGUUUGUUUACUCAUAGCAGGUUCGAACUACCAAUAUUUUAUAAAUGAUACGCUUUUUGAUUUUACAAUAACAAACAAAGUCUUGGAUCUUUAUAUCAUUGAUUGGUCAUUACUAAAUAUAUGUGACAACGAUACAGUAAAAUGUGGCCUCAGUCCAAUAACAUCUAAUAUUUCGGAUAUGGUGACUAUUGAACAAGUUAAUAGUGGUGUAAAUAAUUCAUCCAUGGAUAAAUCAAAAAUAUACGCUAGGAUGCAAAUAUUUCCAGUAAUUCCAAAAAAACUUCUCUCCAAAGACGCCACUUAUUGUAUUACGACGUAUUCUAUAUAUUGUAGCAGUACCGAUUCAACUAAUUCAUCUCAGUGGUGUACUAACCCUUCAAAACUUUCAUAUGAUCAAGGAGCUUACGCAAAACAAUCCUAUGUUGGAAUUGUCCUUGACCAGCUUGAUACAGAUGAUUACGAGGGCUGUUGCGAAUGUGGGAAAUUUCCAGUAUCAAACCAAAUUAUUGAUGGAUGGACGGCAAGCCCUUUUAAAACAUGUCCUAAACUUGAUCAUAAUUAACCGAUUUUAAUGAAAGAGUAUAUUUUGUUUUUUAAUUUUAAUAUUUUACUCUAAAUUAUAAUAACGGGUAUUGUUAACUGAAGUUAUUGAUGGACAUAAAGAUAAUACGAUGAUUAGCUAAAUAAAAAUUAUGCAUAUUUCAUAUGAACUCAAUCAUUUCAAUUAUACUGCUCUAUGCUCUACUGCAGGGGUCUUCAACCUUUUUAUGCAUGGGGACAAGUAUUAUUUUUAUAAUGAUC